AUGGAGGUACUUAUGGCAGAACGGGCCAAUCUGGUCUUUCACAAUAAAGCGAUAGACGGAACUGCUAUGAAACGACUUAUUAGUAGAUUAAUAGAGCACUUCGGAAUGGCAUAUACAUCACAUAUCCUGGAUCAAGUAAAAACUCUGGGGUUCCAACAAGCUACUGCUACAUCCAUUUCAUUAGGAAUUGAUGAUCUGUUAACAAUACCUUCUAAGGGAUGGCUAGUUCAAGAUGCUGAACAACAAAGUUUGAUUUUGGAAAAACACCAUCAUUAUGGGAAUGUACAGGUGGUAGAAAAAUUACGUCAAUCCAUUGAAAUAUGGUAUGCUACAAGUGAAUAUUUGCGCCAAGAAAUGAAUCCAAAUUUUAGGAUGACUGACCCUUUUAAUCCAGUUCAUAUAAUGUCUUUCUCGGGAGCUCGAGGAAAUGCGUCUCAGGUACAUCAAUUAGUAGGUAUGAGAGGAUUAAUGUCGGAUCCUCAAGGACAAAUGAUUGAUUUACCUAUUCAAAGCAAUUUACGCGAAGGACUCUCUUUAACAGAAUACAUCAUUUCUUGCUACGGAGCCCGUAAAAGAGUUGUGGAUACUGCUAUACGAACAUCAGACGCUGGAUAUCUCACUCGCAGACUUGUUGAAGUAGUUCAACACAUUGUUGUAUGUCGAACGGAUUGUGGCACCGCCCGGGGUAUUUCUGUGAGUCCUCGGAAUGGGAUAAUGCCGGAAAGGAUUUUUAGUCAAACAUUAAUUGGCCGUGUAUUAGCAGAUGAUAUAUACAUGGGUUCACGAUGUAUUGCCACUAGAAACCAAGACAUUGGCAUUGGACUUGUAAAUCGAUUCAUAACCUCAAUCUCUAUUCGAACUCCCUUUACUUGUAGGAGUACAUCUUGGAUUUGUCGAUUAUGUUAUGGCCGUAGUCCUACUCAUGGCGACCUGGUUGAAUUGGGGGAAGCUGUAGGUAUUAUUGCAGGUCAAUCGAUUGGAGAACCGGGUACUCAAUUAACAUUACGAACUUUUCAUACCGGAAGAGUAUUCACGGGGGGUACUGCAGAACAUGUGCUAGCCCCAUCUAAUGGAAAAAUAAAAUUCAAUGAGGACUUGGUUCAUCCGACACGUACACGUCAUGGGCAUCCCGCCUUUCUAUGUUCUAUAGACUUGUAUGUAACUAUUGAGAGUGAAGAUAUUCUACAUAAUGUGAAUAUUCCACCCAAAAGUUUGCUUUUAGUUCAAAACGAUCAAUAUGUAGAAUCAGAACAAGUAAUUGUUGAGAUUCGCGCAGGAAUAUCCACUUUGAAUUUUAAAGAGAAGGUUCGAAAACAUAUUUAUUCUGAUUCAGACGGAGAAAUGCACUGGAGUACCGAUGUCUAUCAUGCACCCGAAUUUACAUAUGGUAAUGUUCAUCUAUUACCAAAAACAAGUCAUUUAUGGAUAUUAUUAGGAGGGCCGUGCAGGUCCAGUCUAGUCUACCUUUCGAUCCACAAGGAUCAGGAUCAAAUGAAUGCGCAUUCUCUUUCUGGCAAGCGAAGAUAUACUUCUAACCUCUCAGUAACCAAUGAUCAGGCGAGGCAGAAAUUGUUUAGUUCGGAUUUUUAUGGUCAAAAAGAAGAUAGGAUUCCUGAUUAUUCAGACCUUAAUCGAAUCAUAUGUACUGGUCAGUAUAAUCUCGUAUAUUCGCCUAUUCUUCACGGGAAUUCUGAUUUAUUGUCAAAAAGGCGAAGAAAUAAAUUCAUCAUUCCACUACACUCGAUUCAAGAACUCGAGAAUGAACUAAUGCCCUGUUCAGGUAUCUCGAUUGAAAUCCCCGUAAAUGGUAUUUUCCGUCGAAAUAGUAUUCUUGCUUAUUUCGAUGAUCCUCGAUACAGAAGAAAGAGUUCGGGCAUUAUUAAAUAUGGGACUAUAGAAACGCAUUCAGUCAUCAAAAAAGAGGAUUUGAUUGAGUAUCGAGGAGUCAAGGAAUUUAGGCCAAAAUACCAAAUGAAAGUAGAUCGAUUUUUUUUCAUUCCUGAAGAGGUGCAUAUCUUGCCCGGAUCUUCUUCCAUAAUGGUACGGAACAAUAGUAUCGUUGGGGUCGAUACACAAAUCACCUUAAAUCUAAGAAGCCGAGUCGGUGGGUUGGUCCGGGUGGAGAGAAAAAAAAAACGAAUUGAACUGAAAAUCUUUUCUGGAGAUAUCCAUUUUCCUGGAGAGACGGAUAAGAUAUCCAGACAUACCGGCGUUUUGAUACCACCAGGAACAGGAAAAAGAAAUUCCAAGGAAUACAAAAAAGUUAAAAAUUGGAUCUAUGUCCAACGAAUUACACCUAGUAAGAAAAGGUUUUUUGUUUUAGUUCGACCUGUCGUCACAUAUGAAAUAACGGACGGUAUAAAUUUAGGAACCCUUUUUCCACCGGAUCCAUUGCAGGAAAGGGAUAAACAAAUCCUUUUUUUCAAAUAUUUUUGUGCAAAAGUAUUUAACAGUUUAUUUUGA